AUGAACAACAGGCGUCACAUCCAUGUUCCGUAAAUUCUUUUAAUAAUCUCCGAUGAUUGAUAUGUGGUGUUUUGCAAUCAUUUAUUUGCAAAGACAACAAGCCAUGCACGUCGUAUGUUUGCCAAUGCAGGUGACUAUUAAACCACCAAACGUACGCUUAAGGCCUUUAGCAAAUGUAGCUUUACUAGGUGGUUGAUUAUGGAGACUUUUAUCGUGUUAUUACUACUAUCUUUAGCCAGAUUAUCAGAUAGCACGAACAGUCUAUUCUCCUGCGACUUUGAACAGAACAAUUGUGCUUUUUCCAAUGAUGUUUCUGUGGAACUUGGGUGGGGCAUCGGGGAUGGGGACCAUUUGACAUCUGGCACCGGACCAGAUGGAGACCACACAACAGGCACUGGCAAGUAUUGGUACAUGGAUUCCAGUCGAGCAGGUAACGGUGACCUUGGUCGUACUGCGACACCUCAUCUAUUUGAAAGUGGGUAUGCUUGCGCCACUUUGCAGUUCUACUAUCAUAUGUUUGGUGAUGACAUCGGGACGUUAAAUGUCUACGUCAUAACUGACCCCCCUCCCUAUUACUACGACAAUCCAGUGUGGAGUGUCACUGGUGACCAAGGAAACCAAUGGCUUUUGGGUGAAGUCAAUAUUAGCUUCCCCUUAGAUUACAUGAUUGCGUUUGAAGGAACUGCAAAGCGUUCACCGUUUGAUAACGAAGGAGAUAUUGCAAUCGAUGACGUUUCUGUCUUUACGGGUGGCUGUGAUUAUGAGAUCUGUUCACUUGGUGUGGAUUGGUGUAAGAAUGGAGGAUACUGCAUUCCAUUCCCAAACAACACACAUGUGUGCGACUGCGUACAGGGCUGGGAAGGAGUCCAGUGUGAGCUAGAUGUUGAUGAAUGUGCCUCGAACCCAUGUAGUAAUGGUGGCAACUGCACACAUGGUUUCAACAGCUAUGAAUGCUUCUGUGGUAUUGGUUACCAUGGGACAACUUGUGAAUUUGUUGACCAAUGUAUCAAUGGUGGAUUGAACCGGUGUGAAAACGGUGGUACAUGCGUUCCAGUUGAGAAUAGUAAAUACUGCAUUUGUGCUGCUGGGUAUACAGGGGUUUACUGUGAAAUAGAGAUUGAUGAAUGUUUGGUUACCCCUUGUUUAAAUGGAGGGACAUGCACUGAUCUUGUGAAUGGAUACGCAUGCAACUGUACUGAUGAUUGGAAAGGUUAUGGUUGCGAGUUUGCUUCAGGAGGUUGUGACUUUGACCUCACCAGUUGUGACUACAGCACUGACAUCCAUGCUGAUUUUAAAUGGGAAUUAACAUCUGGUCAAACUCCUAACUUUCUCACAGGGCCUAAUGCUGACCACACAACAGGAGACACAGGUAACUAUUGGUUUGCGAAUGCCUUUUCUUCAUCCAAUGGUGACAGAGGAAUCUUGUAUUCAUCUACUUUACCAACAUCAGCUAUAUCUACAUGUACCAAUAUAAGUUUCUGGUAUUGGAUGGUAGGAGGGGCUAGUGGAACAUUAAACGUUCAUAUCACUGACUCAGAAGAGGUUAAUGCUAAUUCUAUUCCGGCAUGGUCACGCUCUGGUAAGCAAGGAUCUGAUUGGUUGGAAGGAAAUAUUGAAAUAAGUGCAACAACUCCAUAUAAGAUUGCAUUUGAAGUUGUGAAACCUGCUGCAAUACAAUAUGAUGACAUAGCUAUCGAUGAUGUCAUCAUAUCUGUUGGACAUUGUGAAUUCAGCAAUUGUUUCAGUCAACCGUGUCAUAAUGGAGGAACUUGUAUUGAGGAUGACACGCAUGACUACCUCUGUAUUUGCACUGAUCAGUGGACCGGAACUAACUGCGAAAAUGAUGCUGACCAAUGUCUCAGCAAUCCCUGCCAGCAUGGUGGUGUAUGUAUGGAUGGAUACCAAUCCUAUACAUGUAAUUGUGAUGUUGGUUAUGUUGGGUUAUCCUGUGAAUAUUUGAAGGGGAGUUGUGACUUUGAAGAUAUGUCGGACCCAAUAUGCAGCUAUACGCAUGAUGUUACCGGUGACUUUAAUUGGAUUCACUGGUCAGGGGAAACCCCAUCUGCAUUAACAGGACCCAAUGGUGACCACACUAAUAAUGGAGAGGGGUUCUACAUUUAUGCUGAAGCUACAGGGCAAGUGGCAGGCGACACUGGAAGAGUUAUGACUCCAUUUGUGCCUGGGAGUGGUAACGCUUGUGUGACGUUGUCAUUUUGGUAUUCCAUGUAUGGUGGUUCAAUUGGUGAGCUUGCAGUUCAUGUUGAGUUUAACAACCAAGUGUUGCCCAGUCCUGUUUGGAAUGAACUUGGUAGUAUUGGGGGUGGGAGACCACAAUGGAAAUAUGCAGAACUAAAUAUUAGCACACCCCACGACUUCCGUGUUGUGUUUGAAUCCAUCAUGGAAUCAAAAAGUUUAAUUGAUGAAGACAACAGAGGGGAUAUUGCUAUUGAUGAUGUUGUUGUUCAAAUCAAUGAUUUCUGUGAUUAUGAAGCUUGUUUUAUUGCACCUUGUCAGCAUGGAGGAACUUGUGUGGCUGAAGGUUCUCAAUACAGUUGUCUUUGUCCGACCGAUUUCUCGGGUCCAGCUUGUGAGAUAUACGGUCAAUGUGAAACAAAUCCUUGUCAGAAUGGGGGAGUGUGUGAAAUUGGAAGUAAUGGCGACUUUGAAUGCAUAUGUUUAAGUGGUUGGGUCGGACGUACAUGUUCUGAAGUUGAUCAUUGUGCUCCGAAUCCUUGCGAAAAUGGUGGCACCUGUGCAUUGGGACCUAUAACUUUCACAUGCCACUGUCAAGUUGGUUAUACCGGUGACACUUGUCGCGACAACCCCGAUAAUUGUGUUGGCAAUCCUUGUAAGAAUGAUGGGAUCUGCACAGAUGGGUUGGGAGAAUUUACUUGUCAGUGCGUUGAGCCGUUUUAUGGAGAUGUAUGCGAUAAAGCACCAGGCAGCUGUGACUUUGAAAACAACAUCUUGUGUGGUUGGACAGUUGAUGGUAUGUCAGAUUACAACUGGAUAUUAGAGGAGGGGGCAGGACCUAACUACCCACUCAGUGGACCACAGAAGGAUCAUACUUACCAACAGAUAGGUAAGGGGUUUUACCUUUUCACCCCACUAUACCGGAGCAACCCAGUAGAGGGGUCCAGAUAUCGCAUCAGAUCACCCACUUAUAAUGUCGCAACAUAUGGAACAUUGUAUCAGUUUGAUUUCUUUUAUCAUAUGUCCGGAUCUGGAAUCGGAACUUUAAACGUUUUUCUUGACCAGCAAGGAUCUGUAUCCAACCUACUAACAGUGACCGGCGAGCAAGGAAACUCUUGGCUCAAAUUCUCGCAUUCAUUUCAAUCUACUGUGGAUUGGUCUAUAGUAAUUGAACACAGGACAAUAGAAACAGUGUUCUACAUGGGGGAUAUUGCAGUGGAUGAUCUUAAAGUUUCUCUUAUUGAACCACCAGCCACAACAACAGUUGCGUCAACAACUGAAACCCUGGCUACAACAACAAUGACAACAACAACAUUGGAUUCAACUACAACACAGCAAGCAACAACAACAACAAUGCCAACAACAAACAACCCACCAGAAAUAUCAACAACAACAAUAAAGACAACAACAACAACAGCAACAAACUAUCCUCCAGUAACAACAACAACAAAAACAAGAACAACAACAAAGGAAGCAACAUCAUUACCAAUGCAAGAAACUACAACCACAGCUGAUGAUAACUCUCAAAAUCAAGGGGGUGUGUCAGGCGGUACGAUAGCUGGGGCUGUGAUUGGUUCCCUUGUUGCCGUAGCAAUGUUGGCUGGGUUGGUAGUUUGGCUUUUCCGGAAUCAAAAACAAAAUUCUUCAUCAAAAUUAGGCGAGGAAUUUGACAAUGAAAGCUCUCAUUUUGCCAUUCCCGAGAGCACGUCUGUUGUGAACCCACUUUAUCAGUUAUAGGAUAUCAUGUACAUUCACUUUCUUUAUUUUAGGAAACUGAUCUUUUGGUACAACAGAUUUUACAUAGAUUUUAUUAUAAUAAUUGAUCUGUCAUGCAGUGAGACAGUAAACUCGCUAUAUAAAUUAUUGUCUGAACAUCUGUAAGUUUGAAACCUCUUAUAUCAACUGCAAGGUUUUCUAGAAGACAUUGGUGACUUUAUCUAGUAUUCUAGUGCAGUGGUUUUCAAACUGCAUUAAAAAAGUUUUGCAACUACUGA